AUGUAUUUUACCUCCUCGAAUCUUUCUCGGUUUUCAGGUGAAAAACCUUACUCAUACGAUUCAUCUGGAGCAGCGACAACCUGUUCUUCAACGAAUGACCUUCCGCCAAGUGAUCGAAGUCGCACCGAAAGUCUAGAUCAAAGUGAGGAUGGAUCAGAAUGUGAGCCAGGACAACAGUGGACCCAGGUGACUCGUCCGACGAAUGCGCGUCAUAAUCAAAAAAACAAAGUCAACUUACUUGCUGGAGUCCAGUCAAAUGGUUUCCACCAGCCAAUGAACACGUGUGCACGAUCUUUUCACGGACCUAAAGAUUAUAAUAGGAUUCCUAGACACCUUCGUGCAUCCGCCUUGCCACGAAACAAUAGCGGCUUACAGAAUCCCUCAAGCCUUCUUAAUGGCACUUUAACAUACUCGCAACCGGAUUGUUCCAACGGGCCUAUCAACGUCAAGUUGGAAGCGGCCACGUCAGCCGUGCAAGCUCCUGUAAUUUCUUCCUCUUCAUCUGCCAUAACCCCUCCUGAUCUGCAUAGCGGUUUGCAUAUCAGAGAGGAUGAAAACAGUGUCCGUUUGCAAGGUAGUUAUCUCAGGGGUCGCAAAACUUUCCGUCAAAUGGGUGAGGUGAAUGAUCUUCCGGGUCGCACCCUACAUUAUCAUCAACCGUCUCCUCCCGUUUGCUCGGGCUCAGGUGUCACUCACACUGGUACUCCACAGCCAAACUUUGUUCGAGCUGUUUGUACACACGUUUCUCCUACUAGUAUAACGACGAAAACCAACUCACAGAAUGAUCCCGGACGUCGUAAUCCUUUUGCUUGGAGACGCCCACAUUGCUCGAUGCCUUAUGGUGCUCGUAACCUGUCUUUUCAACGAUUCCAUGGCCCCAAUCAGAGCGCACCCCGGCCCUACCAUAAUCACUCUCGCUAUCGCCCUGGUGUCAUUCUGGGCUCUAAUGACGCCUCUGCUGAACUGAAUGACAAGGUUAAGGAAUCGUCUACGGCUGUGUCCUCGGACACUUUGGUAACAUCUGUAAAGAGCGAUUCGGUGGAUUAUCAUCCUUCUGCCACAGGAAAAAGAACUUCCUGGGCAGCCGCUGUUGCUUCCGCCCCUCCGGGAGCAGAAAAAGCCUCUGCUUCCACUGAUGUUUGUACAGAAUCCCUUCAGUCUCAACUUCUUCCCUUUUUGCUCAAUCAGUGGCAAUUAUUUCGCGGAAAGAAUUGA